AGGCGGAAGUAGUUCCUGCAUUCAUUCAGUCCGGUUAGUCUGAUAUCCCAACUGAAACCGCUUUCUUCAGUAAUUUUUUUCUUCGAAAACCUCUUCUUUUGGUCACACUAGUCCUUCCUCUGCCACCAAGAUGCCUCUGGAGUUUGAGCUGUGCCCCGGCCGGAUGAUCGGAGGGAACCAUCCAUGCUUCAUCAUAGCUGAGAUUGGACAGAACCACCAGGGAGACAUCGAGAUAGCCAAGAAAAUGAUUAAAAUGGCAAAGGACUGCGGUGCUGAUUGUGCCAAAUUCCAGAAGAGUGAGCUGGAGUACAAAUUCAACAAGAGAGCCUUGGAGCGUCCAUACACCUCCAAACACUCCUGGGGAAAAACCUAUGGUGAGCACAAGCGCCACUUGGAGUUCAACCACGAUCAGUACAGGGAGCUGCAGAAAUACGCAGAGGAGGUGGGGAUCUUCUUCACAGCCUCAGGGAUGGACGAGAUGGCAGUGGAAUUUCUCCAUGAGCUCAAUGUGCCUUUUUUCAAAGUGGGAUCCGGAGACACCAACAACUUUCCUUAUCUGGAGAAAACAGCCAAGAAGGGCCGUCCCAUGGUGGUGUCCAGCGGGAUGCAGACUAUGGAGACGAUGCGUCAGGUCUACAAGACUGUGAAACAGCACAAUAAAAACUUUGCCAUCCUUCAGUGCACCAGUGCGUAUCCUCUGGAGGCUGAAGAUGUCAACCUCAAAGUGAUCGCGGAAUACCAGAAAGAGUUUCCUGAUAUUCCAAUCGGGUAUUCAGGUCACGAGUCUGGAAUCACUAUUUCUGUGGGAGCCGUAGCUCUGGGAGCGAAGGUCCUGGAGCGUCACAUAACCUUGGACAAGUUUUGGAAAGGAAGCGACCAUGAGGCCUCGUUGAUACCGUCUGAACUGGCUGAGCUGGUCCGCUCUGUUCGUCUGAUGGAGAGGGCACUGGGAAAUGGCAUCAAGCAGAUGUUGCCCUGUGAGAAGGCCUGCCAUGACAAACUUGGCAAAUCUGUGGUGGCGAAGGUGAAGAUCCCCAAAGGAACAGUCCUGACUCUGGACAUGUUGGGGGUGAAGGUGGCUGAGCCGAUGGGUGUCCCGGCAGAGGACAUCUUCCAGCUGGUUGGGAAGACUGUGAAGGAGGAGGUGGAGGAGGAUGAGAGUGUUCAGCCUGAAGUGGUGGACCGCUAUGGCAAGAAGGCCAAGUGUUAAUGACAGCAACAGCUUCAGGAUUGUUUAAAAUAAAAAGGCACUUAUUUCCAGAGGUGUUUUUUGUUUAUUUCAUUAAGGGAUAUAAUGGAUACUGAAAUGUUUAUAAUAGGGGGUAUUUUUUCUCAAAAUGGCAAAAUUGUUUCAUUAACCUCAUCAUUAUUCAGCAAUUUAUCAAAUGGGUGGAAAGUUGGACUGAAGUAGCUUAAAUCUUUAUUGAAUUACUUCUUUUUUACCA